AUGGCAGAUGUUGAAAAAAUAAAUGACCUAAAGCCUUUCCAAAGGGAUUGGAAGGUAAGGGUUGUUGUAGUUCAACAAUGCAACCUUGUAAAUUACAAUAACGAUAAAGGUACCGGAAAAAUACAGAAAAUAAUAAUCAUGGAUGAUGAGGGGACCAAAAUACAAGCAGUGAUGUUUAACAAAAUAGUUGACAAAUUUGACAACACACUGAUUGAGGGGAGGACAUAUAUAAUAACUGAUGGGCUUGUGAAAAGAGUUAAUCCUAACUUAAAAAAUGUUCAUAAAGUUGUUGAAUUGACUUUUACCAAUUUUACAAAAAUUGAGGAAGAUGACAAGAUCAGUGACGUGGAUAACAACGAAUACAACUUCAUUGAUCUUAAGGAGAUAAGCAACCAGAUGGACAAAGAAAAUAAUGUAUUUGAAUCUGAAAACCAUAAAACAUCUACCAACAAUGUCAUAAGAUUAAAUCGUGAAUUGCAAAUUAUUAACAAUGAUUCUGAUCAAAUCAUGUUAACUUUGUGGGGAGAAUUUGCAAAGAAUGAAGGUCAAAAGUUAAUGGAUAUGUUAUCAGAGAAGCCAAUAGUGGCUUUUAGUUCAUUAACUAUGGUGAAGUUUCAGGCAUUGCGCAGUGGUAUUCAAGAUGUGGAGCUGAAGAAAUCUCUAAUCAUUGAUGAAAUAGGAGAUAUGUAUGAGCUUUUCUCACACUGUGAGAAGUACAUUAACUUGGCUGAAGUUCUGGGCGCCGAGCAAGAAAAGGAGGGUAAAUCCGAAAAGAAAGUCCAAGAAAAGAAAGAUGCAUAG